AUGCCUAUCAAGGACUUCUUCAAGGUCGUCCAAGACGAACAGGAGCUUUUAGGCAAGCCAGCCCCUUAUAACGAGACCUCAAGAGUGCUCGCCUACAUCCUCAAGAUAUACUACAAGAUUAGCGUCGAGAAGAGCACCCUCGCCUAUCUCAUCACCAGCUUUAAGGCACGCAAAAAGUGCCUGCUAAAGGACCAGGUCGACAAAUUCGCCAAAGACAAGGCACCCGACAACCUUGACGACACAUUCAAGUACAAGGCUGUGCUGGCCCUCGCCAAGGCGCGCAGCAGCACGGGCUCGUCGAAGGUCACCAAUGUGCUUGCGGACUACGCCGUCAAGGGCAAAAAUGACCCGUCCAAGGUCACCAGCCGUCUCAGGCCAUGGGCGACCAAGAUCUCUGUUCUUUCAGAAGCUGAUAAAGUGGGUAUCCCGGCUUCCACUCUCGCUGCCCUGUCUGCUGACCCGAAGAGUGCCACAAAUGGAGCCAAUGGAACCCCUAAGUCUGCCUUAUCGACAGGGCGUAUCUAUGAGUUCUCUCCCUGUUAG